GUGGUCGGGUUCAUUCGAUUUGCAAAUGGCUGACACUGCAACGGAGUCAACGAAAGGGAAGACCAAGUUCUCAGCAAUGUCGGGAAUGCGAAGGCGGAGCUCCAAAACGACGGCGUUCCUCUCCGUUUUGCUCUUUCUGGUGCUGCUCGGUGGCUUGGUCCCAGUCUUCGCUCCUCUUCCUUCUCUUUCACCUCCUCAUCAUCAGCUUCGACACAAGAGCAUGAAUGAACGAAAAUUCGAGGUUGCUGAGGACAUGUUCUGGAAAGAUGGUAAGCCAUUUCAGAUUAUUGGUGGCGAUGUGCAUUAUUUCCGGGUACUUCCUGAGUAUUGGGAGGAUAGGCUUUUACGAGCUAAGGCUUUGGGCUUAAAUACCAUCCAAAUUUAUGUUCCUUGGAAUCUGCAUGAACCAAAACCUGGCAAGCUGGUUUUUGAGGGUAUUGCAGAUCUAGUAUCAUUUCUCGAACUCUGUCAAAAGCUGGAUUUGCUUGUUAUGCUUCGAGCUGGGCCUUACAUAUGUGCUGUCAAGAUGUGA